GAUUGGUGCAUCUGUGUCCCACCUGACCCGGAAGCGAACGCGAAGGACCGAUGUGUAUCUGUAGUGCAGGCAUAUGCCGCUAAUAUUUCUGUAUAUCGGUGACUUUUUAUAGAAAAAUGGACACGUUUAACAAACUGAAGCAGUUCGACGCUUAUCCCAAAACUUUGGAGGAUUUUCGUGUGAAGACGUGGGGAGGAGCGGCUGUGACCAUCAUCAGUGGUGUCAUCAUGUUAAUCCUGUUUGUCUCAGAGCUGCAGUAUUACCUUACCAAAGAGGUCCACCCUGAGCUUUACGUGGACACGUCGCGAGGAGACAAACUUAAGAUCAACAUCGACGUGGUUUUCCCUCACAUGCCCUGUGCCUAUCUCAGUAUCGAUGCGAUGGACGUGGCUGGUGAGCAGCAGCUGGACGUCGAACACAAUCUCUUCAAACAGCGGCUGGAUAAGGACCUCAAACCUGUCACCCAUGAAGCAGAAAAGCACGAACUUGGUCAAGCUGAGGACGGUGAAGCUUUUGAUCCCAGCACUCUGGACCCGAACAGAUGUGAGAGCUGCUACGGUGCAGAGACCGAGGACCUCCGGUGUUGUAACACCUGCGAUGACGUACGGGAAGCGUACCGGCGGCGAGGCUGGGCAUUCAAAAACGCCGACACCAUUGUGCAGUGCAAGAGAGAAGGUUUCACGCAGAAGAUGAUGGAGCAGAAGAACGAAGGCUGUCAGGUUUACGGUUUCCUGGAGGUCAACAAGGUGGCAGGAAAUUUCCACUUUGCACCUGGAAAAAGUUUCCAGCAGUCUCACGUUCACGUCCACGCUGUGGAAAUCCACGAUCUGCAGAGUUUUGGCCUAGACAACAUAAACAUGACCCAUCUGAUCAAACACCUGUCGUUUGGUAAAGAUUACCCCGGCAUCGUUAAUCCUCUGGAUGGAACCAACGUCAUGGCUCCACAAGCAUCAAUGAUGUACCAGUAUUUUGUGAAAAUUGUGCCAACCAUAUAUGUAAAAACUGAUGGAGAGGUGGUAAAAACAAACCAGUUCUCGGUCACCAGGCAUGAAAAAGUUGCUAAUGGCUUAAUAGGAGACCAGGGGCUGCCGGGCAUGUUUGUUUUAUACGAGCUGUCACCUAUGAUGGUUAAAUUCACAGAAAAGCAAAGAUCCUUCACACACUUUCUAACAGGAGUUUGUGCCAUCAUCGGAGGCAUUUUUACAGUGGGUGGUCUGAUCGACUCACUCAUCUACCACUCAGCGAGGGCCAUCCAGAAGAAGAUAGAGCUGGGAAAGACGUCUUAACAGCACCCCCCACUGGCAACACAGACUAAGAUGCUGACCAAGACAGGAGGACAGAGGGACGGACGGACAGUGAGGGGGGGAUGUUGAAAGCACUUUGCUUUCUCUCCAUCGCUCUGUCUUAAGAUGGAAAUCCAGAGAGAAGCCAAUGUUGGAGUUCCUCUGGAAAAGCUCUGCAGCUGCAGCUUUUUGGUUUUUUUUUCUCUGCUGUUGCCAACAGGAGGAAACAAGACUCAAUCAGACUUCUUAUCACAGGAAGACUCUGACUUCUGCCAGCUUCGGCUCUGGUCGGCUGCCAAAUCGCUGAAUGUUUGUUAGAAGACGUGAGGAACCGCAGGCGUCAGGACCUUCAUUUACCUCAUUCAGCCACAGUUUGGAGCCACUGAUGAGUCGCAGUGAGAUCAUCGCUUUGGCUGAACACUGAUGGUUUUAUUGUUAAAUUCCCAGGAAACGGCAACACCGAUUAUUUCCACGCUGACAUUUUCCUUCAGCUCAGAAACAUUAACACACCUUACAGCCUUUUUGAGGUCUUUAUUCAUUUAUUUGAAACACAGGUGAACUUCGACCUUCUUGCAGCUGUAGAAGCAUCCACCUGAUGUCUGUCUUUUUGUGGGAUUUGUUGAUGACAUAAACACCAAACUACGUGUUCUAAAAGUUCUUGGCACAUUUUUUUGUUUGUUUUGUAACAAAUUAAGAGCAAAACUGUUUGAAUUUGACUGAUUUCUGGUCUUUCGGCUGUGACGAUAAGUGAAUUCUGAAAAGAGGGGACCUCAGUAUUUUAACGAAUUGAAGCUGCUCCACCACUGAUGAGUCUGUGAUGCUGUGAGUCGUUGAGGCUUGAUGUUUUGGUAAUUUAGAAUAAAAAGCUGUUGUGGUUUUAUGGUUAAAGAAGCUCGAAUUGAGCUGUUUCACCUCCUCUUGUGUCGCAUUUGUUUUAGUGACUCUUCAUCUUAUCCAUCCUCCUCUCUGACCUGAACCCAGCUCUGACUCAUCUCAGUGCCAAGGUUCAGGUGCUAAUCUCUGAUUGGUUCAGCUUUUAAGUAAAAAAAUAAAUAAAUAAAUAACGCAUUUCCUGGAUCAGGAACUCUUCUGAAAACCUCCAGAUUGUUAAAGAAAUCCAAUUGUUAAGUGGGUUAAACAGCAGAAUGACUGUGAUGCUACCAGAAGUCAGAAAAUCUCAGAUUUACCAGGAAAAUCUUUGUUGUAGCUUCCUGUGUUCAUUAAACCUGAUUAUUUACUCUUUUUUUUUUUUACGGAGAUGUUUAACCACUUGAAGUUCAUAAUUUAAGUUCAUUUUCUAUCACAAAUUUGAAAAUCAUGGGAAUAUUUAGUAUUUGAUGAGGCUGUCUGUUUUGGGGUGUUUUGAUUGGUUAGAUUGGUCAUUUUUAAAAUUGUUUUAAUAGAAGUCCAGAAAGCUCUAAACCACGAGGCCACAAAAUGUUUAUCUGAGAAGAUUUUAGUUUAUUUUCUUCAGCUUUGCUCAGAUGUUGGAUUAAAAUGGUUUUAUUUUUAACAACAUAUGGAGUCUGGUGUCUGUAGAUGGUUUGUAUGAGUACUGAAAAGAUCAAAUAUUAGCUGGUUUUAGUUUCAAACUGCUGUUUAACAUUGAUCAUGGUUGUAUUUAAAUUUUUUUUGAUUGUUCAGGAAUUGAUGGAAAUCCGAACGUUUCGUCUGUUCAGUGGUUUGUUUUUCCAUCAGGUGAAAACUCCCAGAACCAGACCAGAUAGUUUCUCACCUUUCCUGCUCUUUUUUUUCUAUCUUGAUGAAUAAAAAAGAAAACUUGAUUUUUUUUGUCCAUCUGAGAGAGAAAAGUUCCAACAACCAUUCCAGUAUUACAAUGAUCCUGCCUUGGCCCUAAAGUCUCUGAAGUCCGUCUGUUGUUGCACUUUAAAGAGUCUCUCGUGUGUGUGCGUGCGUGUGUGUGUGUGUGUGUGAGAGAGAGAGAGAGAGAUGUAUUUUUUUUCUAGAUGUUCACCCACAAAUUUGAGGUAACAGAAUAAAUGUUUAAUACACCA